CGAUCGGCUGCGGCGCAGGCGCGUGCUUGACAGCGGAGAAACAUGGCGGCCCCGACGCUUACUGCGAGGUUGUACUCCCUGCUGUUCCGCAGGACCUCCACAUUCGCCCUCACCAUCGCCGUAGGCGCUUUGUUCUUCGAGCGCGCCUUCGAUCAAGGCGCGGACGCGAUCUACGAACACAUCAACCAGGGGGAGCAAAAACUAGAGCCUAGUGAGAGCAAAGGACUUACUGCGGCUGCACCAUCAGGAGAAGCUGUGGAAACACAUCAAGCACAAGUAUGAGAAUAAGGAAUAGUUCCUCGGAGAGCCCUACCCGUGCCGAAAGGACCAGGUCCACCUGCCAGCUGUUUGCCCAGAACCAGGGCCUCAGCCUGAAGGUGCUGCUCAGAUAACUCUUCAUCGACCACCUGUAGCUGUUGGCAAGAAGCGGCUUCACCUGACAGACUCUUUAACUUCGGCUGUGUUUGAAGUAUGUUUAGUCAGAGUCAUCAGCAAAUAAAUGUAAAUCGUCCUUGACACAUGG